GGAGAGGUCGGAGAGCGAAGUGUAGCGUGGUGGUAGCGCCAGUCCCCUCCUUCUAAUAAAAGCCGCUCACUAAGCUCCGUUACACAGACAGUCACAGAAAAGUCGAGGAGAGCAGGAGCCGCGGAGAGCUCCUUUUCCAUUUUCUUACGGAGUUCAAAAGUUCUAUCGUGUCGUUUGCGAAUCGGUGGUGUGAUACGCAAAAGAAGAAGAAGAAGAAGAAGAAGAAAAAGGAAAAGAGAGACGAACGAAGAUGAAGAUCAUCGUGAUUUUGGCAACGGUCAUGUGCGUGGGUUCGGUCAUCGCGUAUCCACAUUCCGAAGAGCAGAUUAAAUCCGAGGCACUCAAUCGAUUGAUGCUGAUCGAAGCCGACGACAAGGACGCCCUAAGGAGCAAACGGACGAUCGGUAUCCUGCGUGAAGUGUUCCCCGAAAUUUCUCAGGACGUGAACCCGGAAACGGAGGACAGGGCGAACGAGGUGCAACAGGUGGCCGAGUCGCAGAAGAACGAGGUCAAAGUGCAGUUCGCGGACGAGGAGGGUGCGGCGGACGCGGUCGCGCCUUUGACGCCUCUCGACGAGGUGGUGAACGAGGACGACGAGAACAGGAACAAGAGGUUCCUUUCGAGCCUCGGCGGGUUGAGCGGUUCCGGAUCAAGCGGGUCCGGCAACUUCCUCUUCGACAUACUCAGGCAAGCGGCCGACGGGGCGGCAAGAGCGGCGGGCACGGUGUACCGCGUGGUGGCAGGUACGCAGAGCCUAGGGCUCGGUUUAAGCGCUUCACGGGACUUGGGCCCGGUUCCCCAAGGUGCCGCCCCUGCUGCCGCUAGUUCCUCGACCACGGCGGGAUCCUCGACCAGCGCACCGGCCGCGUCAGGAGCCGGCAGCCUACCACCGGUGGUAGCCGGAAGCGGAAGUCGCCUGGACUCUUCGUCGACUGGCGAGAGCGGGGAACCCGAUGGGGUUCACGAGGCGGUCCCGGGGCCGGUUACCAGGCUCUUCGUCAUCGCUAACAGAGGAAUUGCCAAUCUUAUACAGGAUCUCAUUCUUCGCCUGGCAGCGACGAGCGAGCGCAUCGUCAACUUCAAGGCGAGACUGAUCACUUCCAUCAUUUAGGGGAUAAACGCGCGAUAUCAAAGCGUAAGGAAAAGAAAAAGUGCCCGAUGACGAUCGAAAGAUCGCUUGGGAAUCACCAUUCCUGGGCCGUGAUUGUCGAGCAAGGAGCACGGGUACGACGUUGGCAACGUGAACAACCGCGUUGCCCCCUUGUCCCCGAGAUCCAAAUCCGCCUCGUCGAAUUCUCUUUGUCCCGUUAAAUAAUUUAACCUCGCGUCCUCCACUUCGCGUCCACCUGGCGGCCAUCCAUCUUUGUUCUUCGACCCCCGUGCUUCGUUUCCCUCUUCGUUUCCUACUUCUCGUCCUCCCAUUCUCUCUCUCUCUCUUUCUUUCUGUCUUUUUUGAUACUUUUUCUUUCUUUUUUUUUUUGUUUUAUACGUAGUUACAUAGACCUUUCUUAUUUAGUUUGUGGUUACUUACGUAGCGGUUAGGAAGUUUACACCUCGCGAGAUUCAUUUCGCUCGAACUUUCGUCGAAAUGGUGUUCUUCUUUCUUUCUUUUUUUCUCUCUCUCUCUUUAAAUCCAAAUAAAAUUCAAUACGCGUUCGAAUUUUGUAAUUCUUUUGCUGCAAUACUUGAAAUCUGAUCGAUCGAUCGUGAUAAUAUUCGAUUUCCGUUUGAUUUUAUGAAAAAGAAUUGACGCAAAUUCGAGUAAAAUCUCGCUUGGUAUUGAAAUGUAUAUAGCUGUUCUUGGUAUUUUACAACUGUGCCAAUCAUUCUUCCCUCCCGAUCGAUGUACACGUAUAAUAAGGGCUACCAACCCGCUGCGGUGAUUGCGGUUACCAUCUAAACUAAACAGAUUCUCGCUAUUGUACAGAAUUAUUAGUUUGAAAUUCACUCGACCGUUUAAAUGUCGCGUACGAGAUAGAACGAUAUCGAUGUCUUUUAUCUUGGAGAAUAGGCGAGACAAGAAAAAUGGUCAUCCUCGAACGAUACAUAAAAAAGAGCGUCUAUCUUCGAAAUUGAACGUGCUAUUUCUUUUAUUGUAAAUCGUCUCUGUUAUUUUGUAGUGUAAAUAAAUAAAUACAAAUUGUCGUAAAA